GGCGGGCGCGGGGCGUGCCGGGCCUGGCGGCGGGCGCGAGCAGCCAUGCCGUACGCCAACCAGCCGACGGUGCGCAUCACCGAGCUCACGGACGAGAACGUCAAGUUCAUCAUCGAGAACACGGACCUGGCGGUGGCGAAUUCCAUUCGGAGAGUGUUCAUCGCAGAAGUCCCCAUCAUAGCCAUCGACUGGGUGCAGAUAGAUGCCAACUCCUCUGUGCUCCAUGAUGAAUUCAUUGCACACAGGCUGGGUCUCAUACCACUCACUAGUGAUGACAUUGUGGAUAAGAUGCAAUAUUCCAGAGAUUGCACAUGCGAUGAGUUCUGCCCGGAGUGCUCUGUGGAGUUCACCCUGGACGUCCGGUGUAAUGAAGACCAGACUCGUCACGUCACAUCCCGCGAUCUCAUCUCCAAUAACCCCCGGGUCAUUCCGGUAACAUCUCGGAGCAGAGACAAUGACCCCAAUGACUAUGUGGAGCAGGAUGACAUCCUCAUUGUGAAGCUGCGGAAGGGCCAGGAGCUGAGGCUGCGAGCCUAUGCCAAGAAGGGCUUUGGCAAGGAGCAUGCCAAGUGGAACCCGACAGCCGGUGUCGCCUUUGAGUACGACCCAGACAAUGCACUAAGGCACACCGUGUACCCCAAACCAGAAGAGUGGCCCAAGAGCGAGUACUCGGAGAUCGACGAGGAGGAUGCUCAGGCUCCCUACGAUCCCAAUGGGAAGCCAGAGAGGUUUUACUACAACGUGGAGUCCUGCGGUUCUCUGCGCCCGGAGACCAUCGUUCUCUCUGCACUCUCUGGUCUGAAGAAGAAACUGAGUGACCUCCAAACCCAGCUGAGCCAUGAGAUUCAGAGUGAUGUUCUCACUAUAAACUGAGGCUGGUGACAUCUCUUCCCUGGCCUUCCUUUCCAGGAAUGCCAUCUUGAUGUCUAGGGUAAAGCAGAAAGGGAACUGGUGAGCAUCUUGGCUGGGACAGGCUUUUUUUAAAGUGUUUUGGAGCUUUAGGCCAGAGUUUGCUGAUGUGGCAGUGUACCUCAGUUACACAACCCUACCUUAUUUGCAUGUCCAUUCUUACUAUGCUUAAUAAAGUCUUACCCCCUUC